UCUUAAGUCUUAACAUGAUAAUCCACCGCGCACCUCCUCUAAUCUCUCCUGUGGCUGUGGGGACCCCUUGAAUGUCCUCCGAAGCUCCAUUUCUCCACCCUCAAAUACUCCCCAUCUCUCCUCUGUCCCUCAGCCCAGAUCAGAAAACACCGCAUUUCGAUCGCCAACGUUGUACACCCGCCAAAAACAAUCCACCUUGGCCUACGACGCAAUCGAAUACAUGGUUUUUGCUUAAAUCCAUCAUGGGUUGUCUCCCGGAGAUUAGUUCGCGAGUUCAUGAUCACCGCGCCGAGGCCAAGAAUGACGACCAAUUGGGUAUUCUCGCCUUCGAAGCCGCCAAAACGAUGUCGCGCUUACUCUCCCUCUACAAAUCCCUCUCCAAUAACCACCUCGCAGUGCUCAAGAAGGAAAUGAAGUCCCAGGGGGUCGCGUUUUUGAACUCCGAAGACGAUAAUUUGCUUUUCAGCCUCGCCUGCGCCGAGCGGCUUGAGGAGCUCGACAAGAUCACCACCGGCGUGGCGCGGCUGAGCCGCCGCUGCCACGAUUAUGAGCUCAGCCGGUUCGACCUCGUUUACACCGACCUUAAACUCGGGGUCGUUGAAUUUGGGCGGUUAGAGUACGGGUCGAGGGACGUCCAGAAGAAGGUGGAGAAGAUGGAGAAAUUGGUCUCCGCGACGGCGGAAUUAUACGCCGCCCUGGAAGUUCAGGCGGAGAUUGAAAUUUGCGAGAGAAAGACGAAGGAUUGGAAGGGAAGGGCAAAUUUGGAAAUAUUCGCCCAACGGGUUAAGUACCAGCGCAAGCUUGUCCAUCAUUACAAAGAGAUUUCUUUGUGGACAAAAACGUUUGAUAUCUGCGUCGGGCUCAUGGCCCGAAUCGUAUGCAUAAUCUACGCCCGGAUAUGUUCGGUCUUCGGGCCGUUUUUUCCCAUUUUGCCCUCCUUCCCCUUACGCAAAACUCCCUCUCCGGAUAUCCGGCCCGAUUAUUGCUUGAUUGAACCUAUAAAGGAAAAAAUCACUUCCCAUUCCGGCCCACUUACGUCAAAGGCGGAGCCCAUUUCCGUUCGGUUUUAUAGUCGAAAAUCGGUCUUUUUCUUUCGGGGAGAAGACCCGUUCGGAGAGUCUAAGAAAGACAGAAUUCUCCACGCCGCCGGCCCAACAACCGUGGGCGGGUCGGGCCUAGCAUUACGCUACGCAAACGUCAUCCUAUCCGUAGAAAAAUACCUAGACCCGACAAUAUCAAUGGACGAAGAUUCCCGCGCGUCGCUCUACCAAAUGUUGCCGGAGAAUCUAAAAUCCUCGGUGAAAUCGAAGCUGAGAAAGAGCAUGAGGUGCCGCGACGACGACUCGUCGUUGGCGGUGGGGUGGAGGGACGCGCUGGGCCACAUCAUGGGGUGGCUAGCGCCGAUGGCGCACAACACCAUUACGUGGCAGAUGGAGAGGAAAUUCGAGAAGAUGAGAUUCGACACGAAACCGACAGUUCUGUCGUGGCAGACACUGCAUUUCUCGGACAAGGAAAAAACCGAAGCCGCCAUUGCCGAGGUUUUGGUUGGGUUGAGUUACAUUUGUAGGUGGCACAUUGGGAAGACAAUUGUUACAACACUCUUUGAUAAGUCUAACAUCGGUGCUUCGAAUGAUUUUCAUCGUAUAGGCAACCCAAUGCAUGCAAAAGCAAAACAAAAGAGUUUGAAGUCACAAUUCUUGGCCAAGAUGGCUACUGCUCAAUGGUUUGGUCAUAUCUGAAUGUAAAAAUGUCUAAUUAUUGUGAUUCUAAAAGCUUGAAAAGCCAAAUCAAAGAUUUAACAACUUUUAUGAAUACCACGAAGCUUAAUUUUAAA